AUGGCUUCGUCAAGAGCCCGUUUGCCUCGUGCAGGCAAACUAGGCGCCUUGUUGCAGCCUUCCCAACCCCAAGGCACCUCGAUAUGUCCAUUUUGCUCCAUCACAUCAUCUGCCCGCCCAAGGAUAAGGAUACGGACCCGUCGCGAUGCCCUCGUAAAACGCUUCGCUUCAACCUCUACGCACUCGACGAAUCCCCGCCAUGAGCUACAACAGCACCUCCUCGACAUUCAAAAACUCGCACCUUCGCUGGUAAACCUUUCAAGACUACAAUUGGCACUUCAAGGUCUGCGACAAAUACCAGGCCAGGAAGCUGUGAGGGUUGCAAUUUUAGGACUAGCACCUGGUUCCGAUGCGGGACAAAGAGCGAAGGAUGUGUUGAGAGUCCUCCUGACGGAUCCGUUGCAGGACGAGCAGGAAUGGGAGCGACAAUUGAAGGGCCACAAUCCGGAGAACCCUCUGAUUGUUCGAAUCCGGUCUACCGAAGAGCAACAGAGUACUUUGACAGUUACCAAAUCGAGUCUUGUCAGUGAAAUCAACGUCUCAUCCGCCGAAUGGAACAGUCUCAACCUGGAGUUACUGUUAAUGGAGACCCAUCUUCCUGAAUUUGCAAGGGACGAGCAAACGAGAGCUGUCGAAGUGGAGGAAUCUGUUCUCGUUCCCAAGGUUGGCAUUCCCUCAGCCGAAGAUCGAGUAACCCCAGUGACCACUCCCGUGCAUCGGGCGAUCGUGGUGGGCGAUGGCUUUAGGGGAGCUGUCAAUGCUACAGCAGUACCAGUUGCCGAAGAAGAAGAGUCAGUGUUAAAGGUGGUUGACCUUGGAGGCGUUGACCCAAAACAGGUCGAUGCACCCUUUGAGAUGGUUGACGUCUCUGCUGCUGACAAGGGCCUGUCGCUCUUCCGCAAGAGCUCCAGUAACGCCAUAGAGUAUGAGCGACUCUGGUUCAGAAGCAAUCUCCCCGCUUUGACAACAUGGCUGAAGUCAGGCAUUAGCUCUUUCGACGAAACCACAAAGCCCGCGGUUCGAGAAUUAAUAUCCUCUCUACUAAACAAUGUUUUGGCGAGAUGCGAGCUUCAGAACCGUCGUGAAAUUAAGCACAUUUACCAGGAGACUCCUGUUGGCCACGAGCUUACCUUCUUUCCUACUUUGAAUCGGGCAGUAGGUGAAUGGUCACAAAAAGCGCAUGCGGAACUACAAGAAGAGCUUGACCUGGCAUUUACAGGCAGAAGAUGGCGUAAGCUGGGAUGGUGGCAGUUGUUUUUGAGAGUGGAUGAUGUGGCUAUGCUCACAAAUGAGAUGUUGAACCAACGGUUUCUACCCACAGCAGAGCGAGAACUCGUCUAUUUGACCGGACAGAUUGCCCAAGCUGCAAAGGCUGACCAAAAGUACCCCCAACCACACUCGUCCAGUGGCGUCAACCCUGACCUGAAGCAACUUGGCUCGGGAGAGUUGGAACCAUUCGUGUCAGUCGACACCCGCCCUGCGCUACCCAAGUGGCCUGGCCACAUCGCUUUCACACGACGAUAUCUACAAAAUGAGACUGUCCCUGCGCUGCAGGCACUAGCUCAAAAACUCGUUGUGCAAUCUCUCGGUACUUCGGGUCUCACCACUUCCCUCGGUGCGCUCCUCUACGUGUCUUCCUUCUCCAUUUUCGAAGCCGGGGCUGUCGCAGCACUGGGAGUAGUCUGGAGUGCCAGCCGUCUGCAGAAGAAAUGGGAUGCCGCGCGAUCAUUCUGGGAGGGCGAAGUACGUGAAGAAGGACGCAAAGCUUUACGAGGUGUUGAAGAGAGUGUUGCAGCUGUUACCAAGGUCGAAAAACCACAAGAGCGGGUGGUUGUCGACCAAAAGGGCGAUCAGACCAAUGAGGUUCGAGAACUUGUAGCCAAGGCUCAAGAAGCUCUCGGACGAAUGAAAUAA